CUUGGCAAGACUUGGAAGUCGCUGGACUCGUAUUGUGUGCGAAACGGUCUAAAUUUGAUCAUCCUCAAUCCCGUCGUAAAGAUGGAUUUACCACUGAUUCGUGCCCUGCCCCGUGUCAAUGAUUCUACGAACGUGCAUCCAUGGCACAUAUUAGCGCCUCACUGUAUACCAGGGGCCAACCUCUUUUUUCACGGCGAUAUCUACCCUGAUGUCACCAUCGAAAGAGGGUAGCUCGAACGAUCAUGAUAUCGAAACAAGAGCCAAGCACGAAGGUCUGUCGUUAAACAAGACCCGGACCAGACGAGGUCGUCGAAAGGUCUUCUGCGUCGAGUUGUUCAUAAUCCCAGUUAUAGCUUGUGCCGUUUUGGUCGUGCUUGCCUUGGCUCUUGGUUUGGGGCUCGGAUUGGGGUUGAAAAAGACGUCAAGCUCGAGCUAUGUCACGACAAACUCUUCGUUUCUCCUCGAUCCGAAUUUUGUUGUUACGAGUACACCGACAACCAGAUACUACGAAUUCGUCAUAUCUGAAGCAGUCGGUUCACCUGAUGGUAUCCAGAGAUCUAUGUUGGUUGUGAACAACCAAUUCCCUGGUCCUCUUGUUGAGGUGAAUAGCGGUGAUGAGCUUGUGGUUAACGUUUUCAAUCAAUUGCCCAACGGCACCACUAUUCACUGGCAUGGUCAACUUCAAAACGGGACCAACUACAUGGACGGCACCAACGGUAUCACACAGUGCCCUAUCCCUCCGGGCAUGAAUUUCACCUAUCGUUUUACCAUUAAUCCGAACCAGUAUGGGACGUUCUGGUAUCAUGCUCAUGCAUCUACACAGUACACAGAUGGUAUUUACGGACCGCUUGUAAUUCACUCUCCCAGUGAGCCUAUUUACGGCCAGUAUGACCGCGAGGUUCUCGUCAUACUUUCGGAUUGGUAUCAUGUGAUGUCUUCCGGAUUGCUCACUCAGUACUUGAGCGCUGCUGGUAUUGAUGGUUCAAACUACGGCGGGGCUAAUCCUGGAGCUGAGCCUCCUCCGGACAGCGGCCUCAUCAACGGGAAGAUGACCAAUUCCUCGUUGGAUCUUCAACCAAAUUUGCGCUACCGACUUCGUCUCAUCAACAUGGGCACGAUGACGGAGUUCAUGUUUAGCGUAGACUCGCACGUGCUCAGCGUGGUUGAAGCAGAUGGGACCUCCCUUGCACCUGUGAAUGUGCACCGUGUCCCCAUACACGUCGCACAACGCUACUCGGUUAUCUUGACCACAAAUCAGACAGCAGGAUCAUACAACGUACGCGCCGAGAUGCAGAGCACUUGCUACAAACUCAGUAAUCCCAACCUCAACACGAUGGUGAUGGCUACGAUGACAUAUGGUGCCUCGCCAACGACACCGAACACCCAAGACUGGUCAGACGCAUUCCCCGCUCUUUGUCUCGACCUCAACAGCACGAUGCUCGUACCCCAAAUUGCCAUGAACCCACCCAACAGCACGGAGACCGUUGUAGUCUUCGCGUCUUUUCAGCAAACAAUUCAAUCUGGCGGAACGCAAACGUUGGCAUUCAUGAACGAUACGAGUUGGCUGGGGGAUAGCACAAAUCCUACUCUGCUACAGAUGUCAAAGGCCGGGAUUCAGACCGCCUUCGACUCAAACCAAUUUGUCAUCGUCAACGAUAAUAUCACUGUCGUUGACUUAAUCCUGAAUAACUACGAUGAUUCUAGCCACCCAUUCCAUCUUCAUGGACACGUAUUUUGGAUUAUUGGUGAAGGUAGUGGCAGUUACGUGCCCGGGGUGUCGCAGUUCAAUACGAUCAACCCCCCGAGACGCGACACCUUGACUCUUCCCGGCUACAGCUGGGUCGCCAUCCGCUUCAUCACCGACAAUCCAGGGCUCUGGGCGUUCCACUGUCAUAUUGGCUGGCACAUGGCUGCAGGGAUGCUGAUGCAGUUUGCAAGUCUACCGAGCCAAAUCCAGCAGCUGCAAAUACCAUCUUACCUGAGUAACCAAUGUGGACAGCAGAGCGGGGGGCUGGUGGCUACCUAGUUGUGCAGAGUCUUUGGGCGUGCUCAUACCGUCUCGGAUGUCAUGCGCACUAAACAAUUAUUGUGUAGAGAAUUAUGAUGCACCUCGAACGGUUGAACGU